GUUUUUUUGAAAAUCAGUCAAAGUUGCUGAGCUCAUAGUUAAAAGUUUAAUUAUAUUAUUAUUUGCAUUUUUCUCACAAACUUCAAAUUUUCAAACUUUUAACCUGCGUUAAAUAAUAUUUGUGUUUAACCACUGUGAAUAAGCUGCAGUUUAACAUUUAAAAAUGGGUUCCACUGCCGAAACCGGAACGAUUUUGGAGAAGCUGUUUGGAAGUAUUGAAACCGUGGCGGAUGAUAAGGCCCGGAUGGAGCUGUUGACCAACCUGAAAUUAGCGAUGGGUACCCUGUCCAGGGCUCAGCUAAUGGAACACAUGAACAAUCUCAACUUGGAGGUUUUGUUCGGUUGUUUGGUUUCCGAUAACUCAGAACAAAUCCAAUCCACGUGCGACAUUUUGAAAAAUUUGAUGACCGUUCUUGAUCCGGUAGCUUGUCUGGAUAAGUAUCACGAGUCCAUCACGCAAGGAUUUAGUCAUGAUGCGCCAGAAGUUCCUGCAUUGAUUAUGUCACAUCUUACUCGUUGUAUCGAGGUGGAUGAAUCUUCUCUAAACAAGUAUCCUAACCUGAGAGUCGCCGUCAUUGGUCAGCUUGCGUCGGAAGAGUUGAAUGCAGCAAAGGAAGCGGACAAGCUCCUUAUGAAGUAUGGGACGACAAAGUCAGGAAAAGACUACUUUUUGAGCCAGGAAGCAGUCGAUACAUUCAACGCCCUUUUGAACAAGAAACCAUCAAUCAGCGAAACUAAAAAGUUUCGAGUUUAUGAAGUCCUUACCAACAUUUCGACGUUGUCUGCGGACCAUUUCAACACUUUGAACACCUCUGUCGGACUGAUGAACUUGUUGAUCACGCUUUCUUUCAAGUCGGACGACUUCUUGGGACAAAUUAACGCUAUUGAGAUCUUGGCAAACUUGGCUGGGUGUCCACAUGGUCAGGAGGCGUUGAAGACUGCUGGAGUAUUCCAAGAGAUUAAGACUCUCACAGAGUCACUAGGAACAGAGCCCCAUGGAGAAAUCCUGCUUCCAGGAAUUAUUAAGUUCAUCGGAAAAGUGGGCGCUGUGUCGUUGCCACCAACAGAAAUGACAGCACUCGUGAUGACAACGAUCCUUCAGAGUGGGAUAAACUUUCCACUUAAGACUGUCGCAGUUGAGGCUUUCGCCCACAUUGGAGGAACGGUGGAAGGCAAACAGUACUACAAAAACUUACCAAAUAUUCGGAAAUAUUUCGAACUGAUUCGGGAACUCUUGUCGAUUGCUCCUACCGAAUCUCGAACGCGUGGACUGGAAGCGAUGUCAUUUCUGUUUGGAUCUGACGAAGCAAAUGAAGACUGCCUCCCCCACUGGUUCAAUAUCCUUUUUCACGAUAUGUCAGAAUUAAUGGAUUUGGUACGUUUGCCAUUCCCUGAAAUGCGAAUCGCAGCACUGAAUUUUCUCUCGAGCAUAGCACAUUUGGAAUGGGCACAAAGACAUUACCUCAAAGGAGCCGGUGUUAUCGAGUUUUUAACCAGCCGUAAUCCUGAACCUGUGAAAGAGUGUGUCUAUGCCAAGUUCCGGCUGGUCCAAAUUAUUGUGGAUUCACCAUCUGCAGCAAAAAUACUGUCGGCGGAGAACAUGGCAUUGUUGAAGCUGUACAUUCAUCAAGGACCAUUCUAUGCUCAUGCUGAAGCUACCGUAGCGACUGCCGGUGCAGAGUAACUUCUAGUUAAAACUACGUUUUCCUUAACACUUUGGUAUGCAAAUGGAAGAAAAUUGUUCAAACAUUUUUAAACGUUAAGUUAUCAUUUAUUCUUAAACAAUCGUUAGAUUGACAUACAUGUUUAAAUCUUCUUUAUUUCUGUAUUGCGAAUGUACUACCAAAAAUACCUAUUGCGUGAGUGAGUAAUUGCAACAAGUGGGAAAUUAAAUUUAUUACUGAUUGCUAAUUAUCUUAAAUAAAGCAGAUAUGUUUCAACCAUCA